AUGACUUGGUACAAGAUCCUUCCCGACGAGUCCAUCACGUCCUGGAAAGGGCUCGGAAAGCUUUUCUCCCGACACUUCACGACUUCCCGCAGACAUCCAAAGUCGGAAGCCUCCCUGAAGGCCAUCAUCCAGGGGAAGGACGAAUCACUCCGAGCCUACAUAGAGAGGUUCAACAAAGAGGCCAUGCAGGUGUCCAUGACUGUCCAUAUGAAAAAAUUCCUGCUCGAACGAGGCCUCCGACCACGUUCAGAUUUCGCCAAAGCCGUCGGGAUCGAGACACCGGCCACUUUGGACGCAUUCUUUCUCAAAGCCCAUAUGUAUAUACAGUAUGAGGAAAAAGAAGCCGCUCAUGCGGUCCGCAACUCGACACUUGAAGAAAACACCAAAGGCGCCCGCCGGGGAUCCGAUAAGAAAAAAGAAGACAAAGGUCGGGAUCCUAAGGACUACAAAGGCCCAGCAAGGAAGUUCCGGGAAUACACCCCACUAAACACAUCUAGGGAGCGCAUCCUGAACGAAUGGGCAAACAUCGAAUUUCAAACGGGCAAUGUCCGCUUUCCAAAAUCCAUGUCUGCACGGCCAAACAUGGACAAAUCAAAGUUUUGUCGUUUCCACAAAGGCCACGGGCACAACAUCGAGGAUUGCAUCCACCUAAAGGACGCGAUAGAAAUAUUGAUCAGAGAAGGACACCUGAAACAAUACGCAAAAAAACAAGAGGCUGCCAAGGAAGCCAAACCGGCCACCGAGGAAAAGCCUGCUGAGGACACGCCCGCCAUGCAAGUGGCGAUGAGCAUCACCAGACCAGAGGACUUUUACCUCCCCGACUGGGCGAAAAUGUCCCCCCCUCUCUCUUCUCGCAGUCCUUGGGAGUUCUUCCCUUCUGCCAUGGUCAUCUCCGGGGGAGGGUUCAGCAAACUAACCGUCGGAUCUGUAAAACGAAAGUUCAACGAGUUCAUUUAA